AUAGGCUCAAGUAGGGAGGAGCCGUUAAGGGGGGCGUUGAGGAUGAGGAGGGGGUAAAUACAUGGGUGGAGAUAGAUGCCCAGAAAUAUUGUGGGUGGGCUGCGAAUGUGGAGAGAUUUACAGCAAAACAGAGCUAAGACCUUAAUUUCUGGGGUGGCGGGAGGAGGAAAUGAGAAAUGUAGCAGUGGAAAUGACUGAGUCAAUGGGGCUUGAAGCCAGCCGCCCUCAGAAAACAAAGCGAAGCGGCAGAGGAAUGGCUAGGUCUGUGUAGCGGCGGCCGAGCCAAAUACUGAAUGAGGUACACCUGGUUAAGAGCAAGGGGUUAAAAGGGCACCCGACCAAUAGGGCAGGGGUCAGACGUUGAAGAAUGGGAAGGCUGCAAGGAGCUGCCUGUGCUGAUAGGGUGCUCUAAGCCCACCUGAAGAUGCCCUCUAUCAUGGCCGACUGGGGUCUGCACGGCCUUCUCUCGCCACUCCUCCCUGACACUUCGUCUUGGCGCCCUCGGCCAGAGCCCACCAUAGCCGUGCUGGGCUCCCUGGCCUUGCUGUUUGUUUGGUACUGCUACCGCGUGGGGAGCGGGCAAGCGGCCCCCGCCUCUCACCAGCAGGGCAUGCCCACAGAGGAGCGAUGUCCUCGCCGUGCCCUCGGGAGCGAUGCUGCCAACCAGCGCCUGUAUCGCAGCCUGCGAGACUACGCCAAGCGCUACUCUUGGUCGGGCAUGAACCGGCUGCACAAAGGCAUCCGAGACCAGGCCCAUUACCAGCUGGGCGAGCGCCUGGCGAUCCAGAAGCCCAGCGCCUUCUACCUCCCGGACUUGCCUUCUGCCCCCUACUUCCCCCGCGAGUCCCAGCGCCAUGACGUGGAGAUCCUCGAACUCAGCUUCCCGGCCAUCUUGCGAGAGUUCGAGGGCAUCGCGUGGGACUUUGCGCCUGGAGCGCCAACCCCGCGGGGGUGGACGGCCAAUGCCAACCCUGGCUGCCAUAGCUAUUACCUCUACCGGCAAGGGGAGUGCGUGGCGCAGAACUGUCGCAGCUGCCCGUGGACGUACCGGGCACUCAGUGCGCUGCGCACCUUCGUCAAUGCCAACCGCUUUGGAAACGCUUGCUUCAGUGUCUUGCAGCCUGGAACUGUGCUGCCUGGGACCUACGGGCCAACCAACACCCGGGUGCGAUGCCAUUUAGGGCUGAAGGUUCCUCCUGGUUGUGAGCUGGUCGUGGGGGGUGAGCCUCAGUGCUGGUCCGAAGGAUACUGCCUCCUAGUAGACGACUCCUUCCUGCAUACCACGGCUCACAACGGUUCUCCCACGGAUGGCCCACGGGUGAUAUUCAUUGUUGAUCUCUGGCAUCCCAAUGUGGCAGGACCUGAGCGACAGGCGCUAGACUAUAUCUUUGCCCCUGGUCGGUAGGUGCCUGCUCAGGAUCAGGUAUUGUAGCCAAGAGGGAGGGGGGAACCCCAUAACGCCACCAAUAGUGUUUGCUGCUCUUCACAAUCAUCAAAGCCUCCCACAAUAUUGCCUUGGAACGGAAACUCUUAUAUUACCAUUGUGCAGACUGUACUGGGGGGGAUGGCCCCCCCUUCCAACUUUGGAGUUCUGCAUUUGAACUAAAAUCUAUGCAGGGAUGUAUCACAGAUGGGGCGGCGGGGCUCCUUUUCUCUCUCUCAGUGUGAUGCUGUGACCUAAAAUACUUGUUCUAGAGACCUUUGUGACGUGGUAUACAUUGGUUCCUCUUCUUGCCAUUCUGUUGGUGGUAGACGCUGAUCUGGACAGGUCCUUGUGGCUUGUUCUCAUCUCCUGUGAGUCUGGGGUUAUUCAAGUGCAAGUGCUGCUGUCUACAGUCCAGGACCAGAAGGCCUCUGAGUUCUACUGAAGUUCAACAAUCCUGAUUUUAGUAGCAUGGACUUCUCCAGUUUUUUUGGAAAUGGGUGGGUUGGGGAAGAGAAGCAAGCCAAGGUGAGCACUAUUUCCACCUGUCUGUGGUCAUUUGUUAAUUCCCACCCUGCAUCUGUUACCGCGACGUUUGUGUGGCAGGAUUUAAUCCAAAAAAGCCUUGCUAAUUAACCUGCACCCCCAAUAAAAUAAUUAGAACCCUC